AUGAUCUCUUACAUCUACAAGUUUCUCUCGCUGGAAACGCUGGACGCGCGGCUUUGUGCGCCGGCCAAUCCCAAAAAGAAAGCCGAAAUCAUCAAACGAGCAGGCCCCUCGCGGUGGAAGAGCUUCGAGUUCAAGCUCUACGCCGUGGCGUUCCUCGUGGUUGUCCCAUUGAUGGUCAAGACCGCCAUGGAGGCCAGCAACGAGACGAACCCCAAUUACUACCGCUACGAGCGCAUUCUGAGCGACGGCUGGCUAUUUGGCAGAAAAGUCGACAACAGCGACAGCCAGUACCGGUUUUUCAGAGACAACGUGCCAAUGAUCGCGGCGCUGAUGGUGUUCCAUCUAGUUCUGAAGAGGCUGUUUCUGAGUCUGGGCACGGAAAAAGUGGUGUUCGACGCUGUUUUCGGGCUUCUGUUCCUGUUCGGCGCCCACGGCUUCAAUUGUCUGCGGAUCCUGUUCCAUGCCAUGGUCAUGUACGCGUUUGGCCGUGUCCCCAACAGAAAGCUGAGCAUGGCUCUUCUCUGGACCUACGGGCUGGCCACGCUGUUCCUCAACGACAGGUACAGAACUAUCAAGUUCGGCGAGCUGUCGCCGUCAUUGGCGUUCAUGGACUCUUUCAAGGGCCUGGUUGCUAGAUGGGACGUGUUUUUCAACUUCACACUGCUCAGGCUUUUGAGUUUCAAUCUGGACUAUCUCUGGAGAGAGCCGAAAAAAGACAAGGAAGCCAAGGGCGUCGGCGAGCUGGACGAGAGACAAAGACAAAACUGCCCCCUGGAGGACAAAGACUACUCUCUGCUGCACUACUUUGCCUAUGUUUUCUACACCCCGUUGUUCAUCGCAGGCCCCAUCCUCACUUUCAACGACUACAUCUACCAGACACGGCGCCCGCUGAGCUCGAUCACCUGGAAACGGACCGCGACGUACGGCCUGCUGCUUGUGUGCUGUAUCAUGCUGAUGGAGUUCAUUCUGCAUUACAUAUAUGUGGUUGCUGUGUCUAAAGCAAAAGCCUGGGACGGCGACACUCCGUUCGAGAUCUCGAUGAUUGGGCUUUUCAACCUGAAUAUUAUAUGGCUCAAGCUUCUGAUUCCCUGGCGGACGUUCAGGUUCUGGGCUCUCUGUGACGGCAUCGACCCGCCAGAGAACAUGAUCCGCUGCGUCGACAACAAUUACUCCACAAUGCAGUUCUGGCGGGCAUGGCACCGCUCGUACAACAAAUGGGUCGUGCGGUAUGUGUAUGUGCCGCUGGGCGGCUCGAAGAGCAGGAUCGUGGCGUCGUUUGCGGUGUUCACGUUUGUGGCGAUCUGGCACGAUAUCGAGCUGCGACUGCUGAUCUGGGGGUGGCUGAUUGUGCUUUUUUUGCUACCGGAGAUGCUGGCCACCCAGCUAGCCAAACCGUACGAAAAUAAAUGGUGGUUCAGACACCUGUGUGGCGUGGGGGCCAUCAUCAACAUCUGGAUGAUGAUGCUGGCCAAUCUGUUUGGCUUCUGUCUCGGCAAAGACGGCCUGACGCUGCUGCUGAAAGACAUGUUCACCACCGUGGACGGCUGGGUGUUUUUCGUGCUGAGCAGCGUGUGUCUGUGGAUUGCUGUGCAGGUGAUGUUUGAGUGGCGCGAGGAGGAAAAACGCCGCGGCGUCGACGUCAAGUGCUAG